ACACACACACACACGGCAACUCGUAAACAAGAGGGACGGACGGGUGCCGGAGUGCCGGGGGUCACUUCAUCACAAUGGCGCUGCUACGGACCAAAAUUACCUCUUUUUACACCACUUCCCGCCAUGUCAUCACCCUCAACACCACCAGGGCACUAUCAGUCAGCUCGCCGCACCACAAGCCGGGCAGCAGUGUGGGUUUCAUUGGCCUCGGCAACAUGGGAGGACCGAUGGCUGUCAAUCUGCUGAACAAGGGCCACUCCAUCGUGGUGUACGACGUGAGCGAGGAGGCCAUGAAGCGGCUGGAGGACGAGGGGCGUGUAGCCACCAGCCCCUCAGAGGUGGCCAGUAAGGUGGACAGCAUAAUCAGCAUGCUGCCCAACUCCCAGCAUGUGCGCUCCUGCUAUGCUGGUGACAAGGGAGUCUUCCAGACGAUACAGCCGGGCACACUCAUCCUGGACAGCAGCACCAUCGACCCCACUGUGUCCAAGGAGAUGGCAGGCCUGGCGGGCAAAGGAGCCGUCUUCAUGGAUGCCCCUGUGUCUGGCGGCGUCAAUGCAGCCAAAGGUGGAACUCUCACCUUCAUGGUCGGAGGAGAGGAGAAGGAGUUUGAGGCAGCCAAGGUGCUGCUCUCUUCCAUGGGGAAGAACAUUGUCUACUGCGGUGAGGUUGGCAACGGACAAGCGGUGAAGAUUUGCAAUAACAUGUUGCUUGCCAUCACCAUGAUUGGAACAGCCGAGACCAUGAACCUGGGAAUGAGGUUGGGUUUGGAACCAAAACUGAUGGCAAGCAUCAUCAAUACUGCCACAGGGCGGUGCUGGGCCAGUGAACUGUACAACCCAGUGCCUGGUGUGCUGGAGAACGUGCCUUCCUCAAACAACUACCAGGGUGGCUUUGGAACAGCACUGAUGGUGAAAGACUUGGGGCUGGCACAGGCAGCGGCCACAGACACCCAGAGCCCAACACCUCUUGGCUCACUUUCUCAUCAGAUAUACAGACUGAUGUGCAACUCAGGUCUGGCAGAGAAAGACUUUUCUUCGAUCUUCUUGCUCCUCCAGGAACAAAACAAGUGAAGACAUUGGUGGAGUGUUGUAUAAAGACUAGGCAGUUGUAGCUUAGCUUUGUGAUGGUUGUGUUAGUCUAUGCUUUGGGUACAAGUUAAUAGAUGGGCUGAAGUGAAUCUCAUCUUGCUGGACGGUGUGGAGGAAGCUUCACCUUAAUCACAAAAGUCUGCAAUGUAGCUUCCCAAUCUAUGACGUAGGACUUCAACUCAGAGGUAGCUUGUAUGAUGAGUUGUACUGUGUUCAUUAGUUAUUCUUCAUCACAAAACUCAAUUGUUAUAAUUUAUGAUGUACUUAAAAUCCCUAUCUGCCUUCAGUCUGUACUUCAUCUCAUAGUCCAAGGAUGAAAUAUACAGCAAGAGUAUUAUAUUACAAUGUUCUGUUCUGUUUCAUGUUGCGAUGAAACAGCUUCCUAGUCUUAUUUGUAUUGCAUUGGUUAUUGAAGUUACUGGUGUGCAGUAGCAGUGAUCAUUCCACAUGGCUUGGUAUUAACAUGGGAACUAAGUGGCUUAAUAAUUAACACCCUCAUUAUGGCACAGGUAUUGUCAACAUCUAAGCAAACUACUGCACCAACUUCUACAGUGUUUAGUGUUUUUCCUCAAUCCUCACUCCUGUGGUCUGACUAUGUACCAGAACACAGAGAGACAGAGAGAGAGUUUAAGAUUGAGGUAAAAUGGUAAUUCAUUGCAAGUCAGUGCAGAAUGCUUACUGAGUAUUGACCAUGAUUGUUAAUGAAGAAGCUUUGACUUGAUGUUGAUAUAUCUGGAGGGAGACAUACAACAUUGAAUCAAGGAGGCUGCAGAUAGAGCUAUGAGGAGCAGCAGGAGAUGGAAAAUAUACAGCAGUAUUACCAACAUUGACCAUUACCACUAUCACUGUCAUCACCUGUGGCUCACUUGGUUCUGUCAAAAAAAUAUUAAGUUUCUGAAGUCAUGAAUUCUCACAUUGACAAUAGCAUAAUAAGCCUUAAUUAUAAUGAGCAAUGUACAACUAUAUUAUGAUCUCUUGUACUGUGAAGAACAGGAAAUUAUAGCAUUCAAUCCAUUCUAUUCCACAAAAUAACAGUAGAUGUGAAAGUAGACAGCAUCCUCUUUCCACAGUAUUCUUUAAUGUGCCUUUUUGCUUGCUCUGCUCUGCGUGUCAUCUUUUACAGUAUUCAUUCAGUGAAAAACCACUUUAUACUGCAUACAGUGAACUUGUUUUGUGUUGCCAAUGCUGUGAUUCACUCGGCCAUAUAUCAUUAGUAUUAAGAUGCAUUUGUUACAUGUCAGAGAAUGCAAGGGAAAGUAUGUAAAAUGCCUUGUUUGGGUUACCUUUCUUUACAGGGAAUGCAGUGUGGUUUACAAAUACACACUGUAAAAAGAUGCAGUAUGCUUUAACAGUAUUGAUUUUACUGUGAUCUGUGUAGGGCAGCUAGUGUAAUAAAAUUGUUGAAGUACA